GUUCAGUGUAUUAUCCUUUGGAAAAGCUUUGAGAAAUAGGUUGCGUAAAAAGCGCUAAAUACUUCUGGCGAAAACGAUAUUAGAGAGGAUUUUCCAUCAGUUUUCGGGAUUGAAAUACACUUGGAGGCUUUCUUUGAAUUUGUGAAUUGAAUAGAGUGAUUAUCCGAAAUACCUAAUAUUGUCUAUUGAUAAUAGACUUUAAACUAUUCAUUAAAAAACGAUAAAAAUUACUUUUCACCAUAUUUUCCGUAACUUUUUCAUAUAACCCAUCCAAGUACUUGGAAAUGACGAAAAGAACCAGGCUGUCUAGAUUAGAGCAGUUGAAUGGUGGUUUCCCCGGCGAGGAAGAUGAGGAUAUCGUGGGGCCUCCAAAGAGAAACCGUGUAAAUGUCUCCUAUAAUGAAGAUUCAAACGAGGACGACUUAGAGGAUGCUGAUGCUACAGAUGAUAAUAAGGAGCCAGAUCCAAAUACCCGCCAGCGGGGCCCGGUUGUUGAAGAUGAAGAUGAAGAUGAAGAUGUUUUGCCGCCAACUUCAUCCGACGACGAAAAAGAUGAUCCUAAUGAAGAAGAUUACGUUGAAGAUGACGAGGACGCUGGUCCACGAAGACGUGGAAGAAAGAAAAACAAACCAAAUAGAUCGAGACGUGUUUUGUCCGAUGAUGAAGAUUUCGAAGACGAUGGCGAAGACCCGGAGGAUGAGUUCCUAGAAGAACUUAAAGAAAAGAAAUUCGUCGCUACAGAUGAUGAUGAAAGCGAAGACGAUUAUGCUUAUGGCUCCCGUCCUGCCAAAAAGAGAAAAAAUCGCUCUCGGUCUAGAUCAGUGGAACCCAGAAGAGGCAGGUUAACAAGAUCAAGAGCUUCAGUAGAACCAGAAAAAUUCGAACAACAAUCAGAACCAGAAGAAGAAGAUAGCAUCCGUAAAGAAAUUGAAGAUUUAUACGAUUCUUCUCCUGAUCCAAGUCCCAUAAAACACAAGCUUCGUGAAAGAGGUAAAAUAGAUUAUACGAUACCUCCUCCAAUAACAAACGAAGCUCAAUUUGAUUCUGCACCUCCUAUUGCAGCUAAUUCAUUUCCUUCCUUCAACAAGGGAAGACCGCGAAAACAAAACAUUAAUAAAAAUGAAUAUAGAAAAAUUUUGUUUCCCACGGCCGGUCCAUUUGGUGGGAGUGAUGUUUUAUCCUUAUUUGGCACUAAUAUACCUCCAGGAGGGAUUCCAAUUCCUGGUAUGACCGAUAAUAAUAAUUUAACUGCAAUUGGUCAAAAUGUAAGUGAUUCAGAUUCUUCUGAAGAUGAAAUUGCCCCAAUUAAUGGCCUGGCAACUGUUUCAAAAAAACCUUCGAAACCAUCAAACCCUGGUCAAUUAUCAGCUGGUGGUAAUGUUUUGGGUUCUGGUAAUUUAAUCAAAGCUGGUGGACCUAAUGAAAAGGAUAAAAAGAAGAAUAAUUUAAGUGAUACCGAUCCUUUAGGAGUUGAUAUGAAUAUAGAUUUUUCCGUAGUUGGUGGUUUAGAUAAUUAUAUCAAUCAAUUGAAAGAAAUGGUUGCUUUGCCUUUAUUAUAUCCAGAAUUAUAUCAAAAUUUUCAUAUAACUCCUCCAAGAGGUGUUUUAUUCCAUGGUCCUCCUGGUACUGGUAAAACUUUAAUGGCAAGAGCUUUAGCCGCUAGUUGCUCUACAUCCACAAGAAAGAUAACAUUUUUUAUGAGAAAGGGUGCCGAUUGUUUGAGUAAAUGGGUUGGUGAAGCUGAAAGACAAUUAAGACUUCUUUUUGAAGAAGCUAAAAAUCAACAACCUUCUAUAAUCUUUUUCGAUGAAAUAGAUGGUUUGGCCCCAGUUAGAUCUUCGAAGCAAGAACAAAUCCAUGCUAGUAUUGUUUCAACCUUGUUGGCCUUGAUGGAUGGUAUGGAUAAUAGAGGUCAAGUCAUUGUUAUAGGUGCAACUAAUAGACCUGAUUCUGUUGAUCCUGCUUUAAGAAGACCUGGUAGAUUCGAUCGUGAAUUUUAUUUCCCAUUACCAGAUAUAAACGCUAGAAGUGAAAUUUUAAAGAUUCAUACUCGCAAAUGGUACCCUCCUCUACCAUCAGAAUUCAUGAAUAAAGUUGCCGCUUUAACAAAAGGCUAUGGGGGUGCUGAUUUAAGGGCUUUGUGUACCGAAGCCGCUUUAAAUAGUAUUCAAAGAAAAUAUCCUCAAAUAUAUCAAACAAAUGAUAAAUUGAAAGUUGAUCCUACCAAGGUUAGAGUAUUGGCUAAAGAUUUUAUGUUAGCCAUUGAUAAAAUCAUUCCUUCUAGUGCUAGAUCAACCUCUUCUGGUUCAGCGCCAUUGCCCGAUCAUUUAAAGCCUUUGUUGGAGAAAACCUUCAAUGAAGCUACAGAUAAAUUAGAAAACUUAUUACCAAACUCAAUCUCCAUUGGUAAAAAGAAAAAAGUGACUGCUCUAGAAGAAGCUUCUUAUUUGGAUCCCACCGCUAAAGAUGCUGAUGGUGGAUUUUCCAAGCAAGAAUUAUUGAAGAAUUUAGAAAAUGCAAGAAUUUGUAAACCUCAUCUAUUGAUAUGCGGUGAUCAAGGUUUCGGCCAACAAUAUAUCAGUUCAGCAAUUCUUAAUUUCCUAGAAGGAUUCCAAGUUCAAUCUUUAGACUUAGGUAAUGUAUUUGGUGAUUCUACUCGUACCCCAGAACUGUGCAUAGUUCAAACUUUUAUUGAGGCAAAGAGACACCAACCAUCUAUCAUUUUCAUCCCCAAUAUUGAUAUUUGGUUUCAAGUUAUGCCAUACUCGGCCAAGGCCACUCUCACAGGUCUAUUAAGAAAUUUAAAGAGUACCGAAAAAGUAUUGUUGUUGGGAAUCUCUGAAACUAAUCAGGAUGAACUCGAUAAUGACAUUAAAUUAAUGUUUGGUUUUAAUAAUGAAUCCAAUAACGUUAGAUUGACUGCACCUGAUAAAGAAGCCAGAUUAAAAUUUUUCAAAACAUUAGAAAAUACCUUAAAAAUGAAACCAUUUGAGUUUAUCAAUGACUUGGAAAAUAGACCUAAAAGGAAAUUGAAGAAGCUUGAGAUUCUCCCACAAGAAACGCCUAAUAACCAAGCUCAAGUGAAAAAACAACUCAAAGAACAGGAAUAUAAUGAUACAAAAUUGAAAAAUAUCUUGAAAAUUAAGUUGGCAGGUUUGAUGGACUUAUUCAAAAAUCGUUAUAAGCGUUUUAGAAAACCAAUUAUUGAUGAAAAUAUGUUGUACCAUUUAUUUGAACCAGCCAUUUUACAAAAUCCUUUGAAUCAAUAUGAGGUGCUCUAUAUUAAAUCAACUGACCCCAAACACAAGAAUAUGAUUCAAGAAUUGAGUACUGGUAGAUUUUACUACAAUAUGGACUUGGAUAUCAUUGAGGAACGUUUAUGGAACGGAUAUUAUUCUGAAGCGAAACAGUUUCUCAAGGAUAUCAAGCUUAUUGUGAAAGAUGCAAUUACUUCUGGUGACAGAGAAAGAAUUUUAAAAGCAAAUGAAAUGUUAACCAAUACUCAAUUCGGGAUCGACGACUUCAAUAAUCCUGAAUUUGCAAAAGCCUGUAGAGAAAUGAGAGAAAGAGAAAUCUCAAAACAGGAAAAGAUUUUAGAGGAACAUUAUAAGUUACAGAGGGAAUUUGCAAAAAGACAAGCUGAAAAUUUAAAUACUUUGGAUUUGAAUGGUAACCAAACUAAGAGUAACAGCGCUGAAGGGGUUGCGUUUGAUUCUGAGCCUAAAGACGACUUUAAGGAGACAGAGAAAAACAUCAACAAUGAGGUUUUACCUUCCAAAGAUACUCUCACUAACCCAACAGCAUCAGAACGUUCUGAGGAUGUCAACGGGCCUGAGGUUGAGUCGGAGUCAGAGGCUGAGGAAGACCUCAAUCAUGAUUUGACUCGAGAAUUAAUUCUCGGGGAUCGUGUUCAUGAAUUCUUCGAGAAUGUAAUUCCUGACAUCACUGAAAGUUAUAAUAUCGAGAAACUUGAAAUAGCAAUGGCCAAAUUUAUGGAUACCAUCUGGACUGACAGAAGUAAGUGGGAUAAAACGGAAACGGUUAGUAAACUUUUCGAUGUGGCGGCUGAAUUGAAGACUGCCUUGAAUUAA